CGAGAGGUGCCGGGACCCCCCCGGGGAUGAGCUCCAUGGCGUUCACCACCCUUCUGCUGCUGCUGCUUCUGGGCACAGGUCGGUGUGAAAUGUUCACUGAGUCUGAGACAACCACUACAGGGACAACCACCACUUACAUGAGCACCACGGAUUCAACUGCUGAGACAAGUGCCACCACCACGACUCCUGUCUUCUUCACCAUCCCCAACAGCACAAGCAGCAACAGGGACCAACCUUUCUUCUCCUCACAUGUCACAGUCUUCCCCACCACAAGCAACAGCACAAUCCACCCCUUCAACAACAGCUCCACAAGCAACACCGUGGCCAACAGCACAAUCCACCCCUUCAACAACAGCUCCACAAGCAACACCGUGGCCAACAGCACAAUCCACCCCUUCAACAACAGCUCCACGAGCAACACCGUGGCCAACAGCACAAUCCACCCCUUCAACAACAGCUCCACGAGCAACACCGUGGCCAACAGCACAAUCCACCCCUUCAACAACAGCUCCACGAGCAACACUGUGGCCAACAGCACAAUCCACCCCUUCAACAACAGCUCCACAAGCAACACCGUGGCCAACAGCACUGUGAUGCCUGUCCUCAACAGCACUGUCAUCUUCACAAACAACAGCGACUGGGUCACCCCCAUCCACAUCAGCAACAGCAGCUCCACCACUCCCACCUCCAGCACCAACAAGAGCAGCAGCACUCGGGUCACCCCCUCCCAGAAAACCUCUGUCACCACUCAGGGCAGCACAGCUCCCACGCAGACCCCCACAACCAUGCUGGGCAGCAGCAGUGCUUCCAGCCCUACUGCCCUGCUUCCCACUGCUGUCCAGCUGCUCCUCCGUGUCCCCCUGUCCUUCCGCAUCCUCAACAGGAGCUUCAACGAGAGCCUGCGGGACCCCACGUCAGGGGACUACAGGAGUCUGAGCUUCACGAUCCUGCUCAUGUUUGAACAUGUCUUUGACUGUGUGAGCUGCAUGGGUGGGCGGUCCUACAAGGGAUGCAGUGAGCUCCUUUUCAGGUGA